UUACAAAGUAUCGAUCACCCUGAGUCAGUAGGUAUCGUAACGUCUGGGGUAUCGUAAAUCUCAACUGCAAAUUCAGAAAUAAUUUCAAUCGAGCUUUCAAGUUGCCUUGACUACGGCACAUAUAAACAAAGCGUCUCUUAUAUAUUUUAUAUGAAUUGCAUAACACAUAAAACAGUUGUCUUCCAGUCGUGUGUGUAAUUUAAGAAUGACACGCUCAAUUUACGAUAUUCAACGGGACUUUGCACUGAGCAGCGGACUCGGUUCUGAAAUUAUUUGGGAUGCACUAGCACCCGAUCAGGCGGAGGUGUUGCAGCAAAAGAUUGCGAAUCUGAUAGGCGAUAAUGAAACAAAGAAGGUAAAAAAAUCUUUGAUCAGGCAGCGGCAACAAGUAUUUGAUAAUGUGUGGAGACAAAGGAAAUACACAAACGACGUGCUGCUCUCGGCGAUUAUUUACGUGUUAGUGACGGAUGAAACCGAUCCCGAGUUGGCCAUACGAUCCAACAGCUUCAGUUGCCAUCCCGUUAUACGCACGCGCAAGUGCGUUAUCGAUAACGCCAGCGAUAGCGAUAGCUAUAACGACAACAGCAACGGUUGCUGCAUGAUCUUCAUCGAUGAGCAGGGACGGGUUUAUGCCAAUUGGCGGCAGUAUGUCUACAACAACACACUGCCCAGGGGCACAAUGAUUGCGCCCAGCCAGGGCAUCUAUAGAUUGACCAAUGGCGAGGACAAUGGUGUCCAUCUUAUGGUGCAUGCAACUCCUGCGUCGCGUGUCAAAUAUAAAAUACUCAAAGCCAGUGAUAAAGUGGCCACAGUGGGUGGCCUGGUUGCCGGUGUGCCCGUGGCUGCCGCUUUGGCGGUUCCGGUGGCUCCUCCGCUGCUUCUGGGCGCCACACUUGUGGGAGUCACUGCCGCUGCCUACAGCACAGUGCGCUCCGCCAGCUGGCUCUAUGAGCGGCGUCAAUACGGCCAAUCCACAUCUCUACGGGACAGCGAGGCGCGCAACAGCUGGCUGGGCGUGGCUGGAGGCGUGGUCGGACUGGGAGCAACGGGUGCCGCCAAAGCGUUGAGUGUGGCGGGCACAGAGGUGAAUGCGGCUGCUCAAUUGGCCGUGAAGGGCAUCAAUGUGUCAUCCAUUGUGAUAUCCGGCACGGGUGUGGCCAACAGUGCCUACGAUUUGUAUUUGAAAAUCAGCGACGAUCAGCCGCUGAGCAGCCUUGAUCUGCUGCAGAUCGCCGCCAGUCUGAUCAUCUUCACGCACUCCAUAAACAAUCUGCGCUUGGCCCACCAGGCAACAGAUGGCGCCAGCUUGCGCUAUGCAGUGCGUAAUCAAACCAGCAAAGUCUUUGGACAAAUCGCUGAGGAGUCGGCCAAACUGCAUAGUGACUCUGCUGUCAAGAAGUUCGACAUUGUGCGCACUCUGAAUGAUAUACCCUAUAAGGAGGCGUUGCUCAGCGCACUUGCUGCCAACCUGACCGAAGUGGGCACCUCUCUUCUGCCCAACCUGAUCAGCUUAAGCGAUGACGGACAGAUGCGUUUGAAUGUGGAGUUACUGGCCAAGCAAUUUGGAUCCAAAUUUGUGCAACACAUCAGCAAUUGGAGUAAUCUGAUGGAUGUGCUUCUCGCCCUCGCCGAGUACUUCACGGAACAGACAGUACAACUCCUAAUGCAACUAACACGCUCUUUUCUGGAGCAAAAUGUGGAUGGCAUUGAGUGCGCUUUGAAUACAUUUCUAUCCACGGAGACGAUUCUCUAUCGCAUAUUGAUGGAAUGUGUGAGGAAUUAUAAGGACUUUACAGUAGAGUUCCUGGAGCAGCGAAGAGAGGAGAUCCUGGCUAUUGUGUCCACAUAUUUUCAGGCAUUAGAGCCCAAUAACACGAAGUCUUCUCGCAAAUUUAAGUGCAAAGAUUGUCAUGGCUAUUAUUAUUUAAAGAAUUGAUAAUGUUAUCUUUAUUAAUGCUACAAUUACAGGGUUAUUUAAACUUUAACGCACAAUUACUUAAAGUAAUCAGUAGUAAUAACAAAGAAAUGUUAGAUAUUGUUAGUUUGUAAUACAAUUACUCUGA